AUGGAUAGUAAUCUUCUGAAAAAAACGUUCUUUGUUACAUGCUUGCGAGUGCUGGAGUUGGACUACGCGGAAGAACUGACUGCACAAACGCUGGAUGAGAAACUGGCAAUCUACUCAAGACGACAUUCCUUCCUUAGUCCAGUUUUGGUAGUGAAGCUAACUUUUGAACCUAAUUUGGUGUCAAUGGACAGACUCACCUGGUGGCCCAAGGAAGAUCAACAUCAUCUUCCAUACAGCCACGUGCACAAUGUCCUUGUAUUCAAUAACGAUCCGAAACGUGUUGCGAUUGACAUAAUUCACCCUUCUACCGCCAAACGUAGAGUGUUUCUGUUCAAAACCACAAGCAUGGAUGACUGCAAAAGAAUUCUCUGUCACUUUCAACAACAUAUCGAAACUUCAAAAUUAUACGACUAUGGAAAUGUACGCUUCCUUGGAUCCCCUAACUGGAGGCCUAGUUACCGAACCGCCGACAAGUCAACUGUAGCUGGACGCAUGCGUAAGGCUUCGCUGGAGACAGAGGAGAAAGCAGAUUCCAAUGGAGCUAAACGAGAUCUCCUAAAACGACAACCCAGAUGUUCUCUGCCUAGAACGGAAAUCCUUUCUGUGGCUGAGAAACUGGUUGAUGAUGUGUUGAGAAACAGUCACCAACAAAUAGAGCAAGAGUGUUCCAUACCGACUGCAAACGUUAGACGAAAGUCAACUGAUUCCUGCGUACAGGCUUCCGAUUCAACCUCAAAAUCAUUCAUACAAAGUCCAUCCAAAAUCGCUGUUCCCAGUUCUCUUCCUGUUAGACUCAUUCUACCGCUUUCUGCUCGGGUUAGCGUUUGCGAAGAAGAAUACGGUGAAUUUCCCAGGAGCCCUUUGUUUCACAGCAGUUAUUUUCAGGAUCGUGAUGCACUAAAGCGACUUAACUCAAAAAGACAGUUCACGAUCGAUCUACCCGAAGUUUCAUUCGAUGAACUCGGUGGUAGCCUUGAACACCAAACGAAUACAUACAGUAUUCGUCCGGCGACACCACAACCAAGGUUGGAAGAGAAAAGCAAAGAUUCGACGACCAAUGAGGACGCAGAUCUUCCAUUCCACUUGCCUGUUCAAGAGCACGAUGAACUCCCCACUGGGCGGUUUCCGGGAGAUACUAACGUAAGACAAGGUGCCUCCCAGUCUGACUGGACCACUUCAGUGAGUUGCAUCAGUCCACGAAAAUCUGCAUUAGGUGUAAUCGACCAGCAGGGAUCGAGAUAUGUCUAUAUGGCAAGGAGACCGAUGAAGUGA